AUGCCCCUCAGUCGUUUGAAGAAGUUUUCUACCUGUGAAAUUGCAGAUGCUCUUAUCAAGCUCGGUAAAGGACCUUGGGCAGGUUAUAUCCCAGGCAUCGAGCUUUGGUCACCAACUUAUUGUGAAGGACAUACACGCAUUGUGGGACCAGCUUUUACUGUCAAGAUGGUAGAUAAGUCAGACACCACCUCGCCCGUACCCACAGAGCAUUUCGCAGAUGCAGCUCAUGAAGGAUCGGUUAUUGUUAUUUCAGCCCCACCAGGCGUUAAAAAUGCUGUUUGGGGUGGCCUCAUGUCAGCUAGAGCACAAUCUAAAGGAUGUCAGGGAGUGGUGAUCGAUGGUAAUGUGCGUGAUCUCAAUGAGCAUCGUCAAAUGAAGUUUCCCGUCUUUGCAAGGUCGCACUCCAUUCUGCCACAAAAUGCCUUUGUACGACCUUCUGAAGUCCAGGUUCCUAUCACACUUUCAAGAGAAUCCCCCGUGGUUGUGCAGCCAGGUGACAUCAUUGUAGCUGAUUUAGAUGGCAUUGUAGUUAUUCCACAAGACUUGGUGGAGCAAGUGAUUACGAGCUGCGAGAAAUAUGUAGCCAUUGAUGAUCAAUGCAUGGAAGCGUUGAAGGAAGGUCAUGGUGUCAAGGAAACAUUUGCCAAAUACCGAGGUACCUAG